ACAUUCGCCAGUCGAUAAAAGCGAGCAUCGGCGGAGCUUCUGGCACAUUGAGAAAACAGACACGAAGCGAUACACAUCGUACCCUAGAGGCAAACCUCUCUGCUACUACUAUUUCUAGAGCGUUCUACAGAGAAUUGAAAUCAUCACUGAGUUUUAUUAUCGAAGUGAACAGUGCUCACGUGGAUAAAGGAAGUUUGAUUAAAUAAAAUACAUAUCAAAAUGCCGGAAGACGUGACGAUGGUUGACUCGAGCGAGGUGGAGACCUUCGCUUUUCAAGCUGAGAUCGCCCAGUUGAUGAGCCUCAUCAUCAAUACAUUUUAUUCCAACAAAGAAAUCUUCAUUCGUGAAUUGAUCUCCAACUCAUCUGACGCUCUUGAUAAAAUUCGGUAUGAAUCUCUCACCGAACCAUCUAAACUUGAUAGCUGCAAGGACCUACACAUCAAGAUCAUUCCCAAUAAAAAUGACAGGACACUUACCAUUAUUGACUCUGGUAUCGGUAUGACGAAAGCAGACCUCGUAAACAACCUAGGAACCAUCGCAAAGUCAGGGACAAAAGCGUUCAUGGAGGCCCUGCAGGCUGGCGCGGACAUCUCCAUGAUCGGUCAAUUUGGUGUUGGUUUUUACUCAGCAUACCUAGUAGCCGACAAAGUGACAGUGGUCUCCAAGCACAACGACGACGAGCAGUACGUCUGGGAGUCGUCAGCAGGAGGUUCCUUCACAAUUCGGCCAGACAACGGUGAGCCCCUGGGCCGAGGUACAAAGAUCAUCCUGCACAUCAAGGAGGACCAGACCGAGUACCUCGAGGAGCACAAGAUCAAGGAGAUCGUAAAGAAGCACUCGCAGUUCAUCGGUUACCCGAUAAAACUGCUGGUCGAGAAGGAGCGAGACAAGGAGCUGAGUGAAGACGAGGAAGAGGAGCCCCCCAAAGACACCGAGAACGAGGACAACAAACCGAAGAUCGAGGAGAUCGGCGAGGACGAUGAUGACGAGAAGGACAAGAAGAAGAAAAAUAAGAAAACGAUUAAGGAAAAAUACACAGACGAGGAGGAGCUCAACAAGACGAAGCCCAUCUGGACGAGAAACCCAGAUGACAUCACCCAAGAGGAGUAUGGAGAGUUCUACAAGAGCCUGACGAACGACUGGGAGGACCACCUGGCUGUCAAGCACUUCUCAGUGGAGGGUCAGCUGGAGUUCCGAGCCCUCCUGUUCGUCCCCCGACGUGCCCCCUUCGACCUAUUCGAGAACAAGAAGAAGAAGAACAACAUAAAACUCUACGUGAGACGAGUCUUCAUCAUGGACAACUGUGAGGACCUGAUCCCAGAGUACCUGAACUUCAUCAAGGGUGUGGUCGACAGCGAGGACCUCCCCCUGAACAUCUCUCGUGAGAUGCUGCAGCAGAACAAGAUCCUGAAGGUGAUUCGUAAGAACCUCGUGAAGAAGUGUCUUGAAUUAUUUGAGGAGCUGACAGAGGACAAGGAGUCCUACAAGAAAUGUUACGAGCAGUUCUCGAAGAACCUGAAGCUUGGCAUCCACGAGGACAGUACCAACAGGAAGAAGCUUGCUGAACUGCUGAGGUACCACACAUCAGCCUCUGGUGAUGAGAUGUGCUCCCUGAAGGAUUACGUGGGAAGGAUGAAGGAGAACCAGAAGCACAUUUACUACAUCACUGGGGAGAGUCGAGAGCAGGUGUCAAACUCUGCGUUCGUUGAGAGGGUCAGGAAGCGUGGGUUCGAGGUGAUCUACAUGACUGAGCCCAUUGAUGAGUACGUCGUCCAGCAGUUGAAGGAGUUCGAUGGCAAGCAGUUGGUGUCAGUUUCCAAGGAGGGGCUGGAGCUGCCUGAAACUGAGGAGGAGAAGAAGAAGAGGGAGGAGGACAAGACUAAAUUUGAGAAUUUGUGUAAAGUGAUGAAGGACAUCUUGGAUAAGAAGGUGGAGAAGGUUGUGGUGUCCAACAGGCUGGUGGACUCGCCCUGCUGCAUUGUGACGUCUCAGUAUGGGUGGACUGCUAAUAUGGAGAGGAUUAUGAAGGCUCAGGCACUGAGGGACACCUCCACCAUGGGCUACAUGGCUGCAAAGAAACAUCUGGAGAUCAAUCCUGAUCAUUCUAUCAUUGAGAACCUCAGGGAGAAGGUGGAGGUUGAUAAACAUGAUAAAUCGGUCAAGGAUCUUGUUAUGCUGCUGUUCGAGACUGCUCUGAUGUCCUCGGGUUUCGCCCUUGAAGACCCUCAGAUCCAUGCUUCCAGAAUCUACAGGAUGAUUAGGCUUGGACUGGGAAUUGAGGACGAUGAUGCUCCUAUGGAGGAGCCGAAGGUCGAGGAGGUGCCUGCUCUUGAGGAGGCUAACGAGGAGGCGUCCAGGAUGGAGGAAGUUGAUUAAACAUCGUCUUUGAGUUUGUGAAGUAUCCCAAAGACUUUGAAACGUAACAGGAAGACUGUUUGAAGAGUUAUGCCAUUCGAGUAUUUGAACUUGAAAUCUUUAAGUUUUUUAAGAUUCUAAAUAAUGCGUUACAUCUCCCAUCGUUAAGCCUCCAUUGCACUUUCUUUUGUAUUUUUUUUUUUCAUCAAUUUCAUUAUCAUUCCACGACAAAUGUCAUUUAGUCAUUAUUUAUUAGGUCAGAUAGAUCUUAAGAACACGAGAAUGUAAGAGGAUCUGUACGAAUGGAAGCUGAUUGAGAAAUAAACAAAAUUUAUGGUUGAGAAAAAGCAUUUGUUUAAUGAACUCCCAAUAUAUUGAGUGUUAUUAGGGUGUGGACAAGAGAAAUGACCUCCAAUUCAUAUGCAUUGUAGA